UGCGUCAUCAAAAUUAGUGCAUCAUGGGUCUUUAACCUCACAAUAUCUUAUCAGUAACAUAUUAUUAAAUUUGUGUUGAUAAGAAAUAAGGAAUAAAGUACAUAGUUUUAUAUGGCGAAAACGAAAAUGUAUCUGAAUAUAUAUGUUUUAUUAGCAGUUGGAACAAUAUUUUCCACGGUUGUUGAAUCUGCACGUGUAGACACAACAGGGACAGAGUUUCUGAUAGCUGUUCUCCAACAAAGCUCAUCUGAUCCACCAACUAUACAAAUUUUAAGCAAUGUCACAACAAGUGUUACAGUCGAGGCACCGUUUGUUGGGUUAUCUAAGACUUACAAGGUCACAACAGGGGUCACAGAAAUUAAACUCGACUCUGCCCUUAGAGGAUCAAGUACAGCAAUAUCCUUCAAAGGAAUUCGCGUGAAAUCUGAUCAUCCGAUCUCGAUGCAUGUGGUCGAUUUAUCUGCCCCUCACAUGAGUGGAUUCACCGUUUUACCUAUCCGGGCCCUGUCAUCCGAAUAUAUGGUCAUGUCCUAUGGCGAGGAAACAAAUAGUGAGUUCGUUAUAACGAGCGCAUCCGAUAGGAAUAAACUAUCAAUUACGUUAAAAACAAAAGGAAAUGUAACUCAUAACGGGCUUGUUUACACCGAUGGUGAAGUGAUUCAUGAAAUUUUAGAUACAUUUCAAACGUGGCAGCUGAAGGGAAAUGGCGAUCUUACCGGAACUUACGUAAAGGCUGAAGGUAAGGUGGCUGUUUUUAGCGGAAGUCUGUGCUCGGAAAUACCGAUGUAUAAUGGGAAAUGUGAUUUUCUUGUUGAGCAAAUGACGACAGUUAAUUCAUGGGAGGCAUCAUUCAUUGUGCCUCUUGUUGACGAUUGCGUGAACGUGAUUAGAGUUCUAGGACGUGAUGAUGGUACAACUGUUAAAUUUAGACGCGGAAGAACUGAGUCGACAGAAUAUUUAGACUCUGAAGAGUUCACAGACCAAACGCACUCGGUUGAUAGUAAUAGGAAUCCAGUUGUGGCUGUAGGUGCAAGUCGUCCAGUUCUUGUUGCCCAUUUCACCGGAAGUAGUGGAGCCAACUCCAAAUGCAGUCCGUCAAUGACGCUUAUACCGGCUAUGAACCAGUACAUGGACCAUUUCAACUUUGUCAGUAAAGCUGGUUUGGAACAAGCCUUUGUGAAAGUGAUGAUUCAAUCAGAUCAAUUAGAUGGAUUGCGAAUGAACAACAGAACAGUUAUUGCUAAAAAUAGAUACGAUGCAUUGAUCGGAACACACCGGAACAGUUUUGCAGUGUUUGAAAUAAAUGUAACAAACGCAAACAGUGAUACUCUUGUUAACCUGACUCAUACAUCGGAUGUUGAAUUUGGCGCCAUUUUCUAUGGUUUCCAGCAAAAUCAUGGGCUAUCUUUCCCGCUUGGAAUGCAGUUGGAUUUAUCUAAAGCAAAUGAUUUGGUAAAAUUGUUAAACGGAAGCUCUCCGACAUCUGGACGUUUGGAAGUAUAUCACCAUGGCAACUGGGGAACAGUUUGCGACACGGACUUUGAUGACCGGGAAGCCAAUGUUGUGUGUAGAAUUCUGGGAUAUUUCUUCGGUUCACCAAAUGCUGUGGUUCACACAGGGGGAUAUUAUGGACAGGGGAGUGGUUUGGUUAUGAUCGACAGUCUACAAUGUGUGGGUACAGAAAAUGAUCUUCACCUUUGUCGCUCCAGUCCUUGGGAAACGUCAACAUGUUCGCACAUUCAUGAUGUCGGCGUGGAUUGCACAUCAAACAUACGGCUAACAGGAACAAAUGACCCGCGAGAGGGGAGACUUGAAAUUUUCUACAAUGACCAAUGGGGUGCGGUUUGUGAUGAUGGUUUUGACAGAAAAGCUGCCUCUGUUGUUUGUUCGUCACUAGGAUACGGGAACGCGGGGUACAUCUAUACAGGAGGGCGUGGUACUACCGCGGCUCAGUGGAUAGAUGAUGUGGAGUGUACUGGGGACGAGCACGAUAUUGUACAAUGUAUGACGAAGCCGUGGGGGAGAACUGAUUGUACACGUGACGAAGACGUCUGGGUAGCUUGUUAUCCACAGACAAGAAUACGCCUGACAGGUGGUGUCUCUCCGGCAGAAGGUCGUCUCGAGGUUUUCGCUAAAGGUCAGUGGCAUUCAGUAUGUGAGAACAAGUUUGACGUCAGAGACGCGACUGUCGUCUGCCAAAUGCUUGGUUACAAAAGGGAGGGGACAGCUGUGACAGUUCUAACCGGAAGUAACUCCACAUAUGACUCUGGAGCGGGCAAUAUUAUAAUAGAUGAGCUAGAAUGCACCGGAAGUGAGAGUGAUAUUGCAGACUGCACAUCUAGACCUUGGUUUGUCAAUUCUUGUACACACAGCCAGGAUGUCGGGGUGCAAUGUGGAAGUUUGGUAAGGUUAGUGAAUGGCACAACACCUAACAAUGGUCGCCUUGAAGUCUUCUACAAGGGACAUUGGGGCACUGUUUGCGAUGCCACGUUUGAUGAAAAUGAUGCCAUGGUAGCAUGUAGGCAACUGGGAUACCCAUAUGGAAUCGGAUUAGAUCCAGUGAAACGUAAUACUGCCUAUGGAUUGGGUACCGGCAGGGUGGUGAUUGAUGACCUAGAUUGUGUCGGGAAUGAAGCAGAUAUUGUCCAGUGUAAAUCUAGACCCUGGCUGGACAGUCAGUGUCGACAUAAUGAAGAUGUUGGUCUUGACUGCGGUUCAUCAAUUAGAUUAGUGAACGGGUCUUCUCCGACAGAGGGCAGGGUUGAGGUUUACUAUCAAGGAAAAUGGGGAACCGUUUGUUCGGACAAAUUUGACGUCACAGGUGCUGACGUCAUCUGUAACCAAAUGGGGUUCAAUUUUGGAAUAACAAGGAAGGUAUACACAGGUGCGCAUUACGGUCAGGGUUCAGGACCUAUUAUGAUAGACGAACUUCAAUGUUCAGGUACAGAAAAAGACGUACAAUUUUGUACAUCCAGCCCUUGGUUGACAAAUGACUGUACGCAUGCGCAGGACGUCGGAAUCGAUUGUGGUCUUCGUCUGCCUGACGCUAUAAAUGCGUCAUGUCGUGCAGGCGGAUGGAUAAUACUGGUUGACAUGAACCGUUUACAGCGCGUGUUCCCGAACUCAAAACACUCCGAUGUACAGCUUGGAAUGGACGGGUGCGCAGGGACUUUUCAGGAUAAUGUCUUGGGUUUUACGAAUGAAUUACAUGCUUGCGGUACAAAAGAAACGACACUUCCGUCCUCUAACGUUUACACAAAUCAAUUGGUUUAUGCGUACCACGAACCUUUGCGACCACAAGUUAUUCGUAAUUACAACUGGACAGUGACCUUAAACUGUGAGAUAUUGCGGAAUGGUUCCACUGUGAUUGAUGUUCAACCUUCCCAUAAUACUAGUAAUAUCCCUGGCCUUACUUCAAACUCCAGCUAUAAAGUUGAACAGUCGUUCUAUUCCGAUGCAGGAUUUACUCACGAAUUACAGAAAAAUCCUUUAAAACUUACCGUCAAUACAGACGCAUACGUGAAAAUUUACACACCUGACGCAGAUUCCAGCACAAAAAUGAUCGUCCAGUCAUGCUAUGCAACACCGACCAGUGACGAAAAAGUUGGACCAACAUUCCCACUAAUUGAAAAUAGCUGUGCCAUGGACUCUCAGGUUCAUAUAUUGACCAUGGACAACCAUGAAACCAGGUUUCAGUUCCGAGUCUUCGCCUUUGACAACAACAAUCAAGGACUCUUCAUUCAUUGUAAAGAAAAGUUCUGUCAACUUACCGACUUCUCGCAAGAAUGUUCCCAAGUUUGCCGACACUAAAGUGUUUUGCACGAAGUUGAAUGCCAUUUUCUGAACUAACGUUUAGAAUAAAUAAAAUUGUUUGGAUUAA